AUGAAUAUCAACCUUCAAACCGCGAAAGGAUGCGAAAAGGGGUUUGAAAACUUCAAAAUAAAGGUUAAAGCCCUAAAGGGGACAAAACCAGACCCGCCAGCUUGGCAGCGCGAAAUUUUUGAUAGUAGUGAGAAGCUCAAAGGGGAAUUGAACCAAAAAGUGGAUGCCGCAAGAGAUGAAGCUAUCGCAGCAAUCGAUAACGGCAUUCAUAACGAGGAGGACAAACCCAAGGCUGCCGACUCGUUCAGUAAAGGGCAGGGAGGUGUUGGCACUUUCUUGAAUGUUGUCAUCCGUGAGCUGAAUCGGGUCUUACACUCGGUUGCGGAAUUCUUAAAGGGAAUUUGGAACCAGCUCAGUCAGGCUUGGGAGACAGUUAAAGAUUGCUUCAAAGCUGCUGUGAAAUGGAUCAAGAAGAGCCUCGGAUUUGUGAAUUCCCAUUAA